CAUUACUUGACUUUCCAGUUUCAGUUAUUUAUUUGGGUCGGAUACAUACAUACAUUCGAGUAUAUUUACAUAAAUCACGUUUUAGAGAUAAGAUUACAUUGUGCUCAUCCUCAGUCAGUUAACUAACAGUGACAAUAGGUUCGAAAACUACAUAACAAUUUACAAAAUUCGUCACUGCUAUUUACGAUCCCCACGAUGAAAACAAUCGUUAUCGUCAUUUCUUCGUCUUGUUGUUGUGGCGAAAUUUACCUCGAUUACAAUUAUAAACGUUACACCAUCUCCGUCGGAACUCGAUAUCGAAUUUGACACCGAAUCUUCCAAUGAGUCUAGUCUGGGAUACUUGGAUAUCGACGAGGAUGACGCUAUCGACCCAGAUGCAGUAGAUUUGAUUAACAUUCGCGAACAAAUCAACCUGCUCGUGUCAGAAGAACAACUUCCGGGUGAGGAUGAUGAUGACAAGACAUCUCAAUAUUUUCCCCCGACGAAUCUCGUCAUUCGGCUAAAUCAUCACAUUUCUCCGGAUGCUGUCACUUUUCUCGCAAAGAAGCUCAUGGCGUCAAAAAAUUCAGGUGGGGCGGAACUCCUGGUGCGGUGUGAACCCUUCUCGGGAGCAGGGGAAGAGAUCGUCCUCCACCUGACGGCCACCACGCCCCGAUUUCUCGAACUCGCCGAACAAUUUUCCCUCAAGAAAGUCGACGAUCGCGGCCUCCUCCGCGAAUUCCAUGUCCGUGACCUCGACGCUUUCCUAGUCAACGACAUUUUACUUGAAACGCUCAUCUCCCCCGCAGAGAAAGAGCUCAUUGUGUUGGCCGAGAUUCAAAGUAUCGGCGCACUUCCGGGCGAGGGUCACAUUCCUGGCUAUCCCAACCUUAAAUUGCAUUCGGGUCAGUCUAUUUUCCAACUUUACGUUGAAGCUGGUCUCAUAUCGGGGUAUCAUCCGUUACACGAUGAAAAGGGGCUGGACAAACUGCUAGAAACGAAUUGGGUAGAAGCUUUCUUUGCGAAUGAACCGUUCGAGGCGUUGAGAAGCUAUUUUGGUGAAGCUAUCGCCCUCUAUUUCACGUUUAUGGGAUGCUACACGUACCUCCUUUCACUACCUGGAUUGGCUACUUUACUCUUUGCUAUAAUCCCGGACUGGAUGUUGUCCCCUCGUGUGGAAAUUUACCUCGUUUCUGGAAUGAAUUUGGUUUUUAUCACGUACUUUUUGAAGUUCUGGAAGAGAAAGUGUUCCGAACUGGCAUAUUGUUGGGGGACAUUGAGGAUGACAAUAUGGGAACAGCCUAGGCAAGGAUACAGAGGUCGCAUGGCGCUUGACCCCGUUACCGGACAGUAUCAACCACGCUACCCUGGGUACAAAACGCACAUAAAAGUGUGGCUGGUUUCCUUUCCACUCGUCAUUGUCUCCAUGUGGGGUGCAUAUCGCGUCAUGCUUUGCUAUUUCAUGGCAGAACAGAUUCUCGCCCCGUACAAAAUACGCUAUGCUGGGUCUCUGCUCGGACUCGUGUUCAAGUUCUUGGGAUCGAUCGGAUAUGCCAUUUCUGUCGCUGCGAUGACCUACUGCUAUCGAAUGCUAGCUGACGAGUUGACCGAGUGGGAGAACCACAGAACACAAACCCAAUUUGAUCGACACCACGUCGCAAAGUUGAUUGCAUUUGAAAGCGUGAACAAUUUUAUGUCGUUCUUGUACAUUGGGUUUGUUCUUAAGAAUUUGGAACUGUUGAAGCAGCAAUUAAUCGUCAUGAUCUCUGUAAUGCACUUGAUUCUAGCCGUGCAGGAAAUCGUGAUACCAUUACUUUGGCGCAGUACGACCAAGAAGUUGACCACUUUCCUCCAUCGACACAGCAAUUCAACGAAUCCGACCUCGCCUUCCACGGGCUCAACAAUUCCGGACGUCGUCUAUCAAACUCUCGCUGGCAAACGGAGGUCACGUCAACAGCACCACAGAUCGCCGUCGUUGCGUCACAACGCCAACUGGAUCUCCCAUCUCCACCACCAAGACCACGAUCCAGCCGCUUUGGGAUUGGUCCCACUCCUCGAGAGUGACCCACGCAUAGAAAUGAGUACUUUUGAGGGUGACAUGGAUCCCUACAAGGGAUGUUACGACGACUAUUCUCAACUAUUUCUCCAAUUCGGAUACGUGUUUUUAUUUUCGCCACUGUUCCCCCAAGCUUCCGCCAUCGCUGUCGCUGCCAACGUUUUCCUCAUGUACGCCAACAUUUAUAAGUUGUGUGCCGUAUUUCAACGCCCGGUUCCAAAGCGUGUAAAAGACAUAGGAUCCUGGCAGAUCGCUUUUGAGCUUAUCGGUUAUCUCGCUGUGAUGACGAACAUCGCCCUCCUGGUGUCAUCCGCAGGUUUAAAACAAUCCGCACAGCGAGCGGGUUGGACUUCGGAUCGAUUUUAUCUUGCUCUAAUUAUCGUGGAACAUAUUCUGAUCGCGGGACGCCUCGCUGUGAACUAUCUCGUCCCAAGCGUUCCCCAGUGGGUCCGGGUGGCGUCAGCAAGGACGGAAUUUCAGGCUGUGGAAGCGUACAAGAAGAAGCAAAGUACGAAAACAAGGCGAAGGUUGAACAUGCGUUUUCAAAUGAUAAAUCCCAUCGUUUCAAAAAGUGAUGUCAACCCAGAAGACUAAAAAUAAGUUCUAUGAGCGUAAAUGAAUGACGAAUUUGUAAAACGUGUCAAAUACCAAAGUUGAGUACGUUUUUAAUUCUAGCAACAACGUUUAUUUAAUAAAAUAUCAAACGACGAUACAAGUUUGGAAUAUUUA